AUGCCGGAGCAACAAAAUCGUGCCCCAGACGAGAUCGUCGACCGGAUGCCUGUAGCGAUAGGUUGGAUGCCUGGAAGGCUUCUGCAGGAAAAAAUGUUACCUGAUGACCUUUACUCAAAACUGAAUCAUGUUGACACAGAUGGUAUACCCAGUGAAAAAGCACCCUUGGGAUCAGGUCCCCCAAAAUCGAGCCUUAAAGAUCGGGAGUGUUCGUUACCUAAAGGCUUCUCAAUGAUUCCAUACUUAGCGUCAUUCGUCAGGCUUGAACGCAAUCGUCGGCUACUUGGGUCUGAGUUAGAGUUUACUCAAAGAGAUAUCCCUCGCUUCAAUAUCGCACUACAAAAACUUGGGUCAGGCAACCGUUUCUACUUUCGGUCUCAGCUGGUUGACAUAGCUCGGUAUCUCACACUUUGCGAGACAUACGACUCCCUAGCGCGAGACGCAGCUUUCCCACUUAUGUUUCCAGUACUCGGAGACAAGUUUGGAGAUGAGGCAGGAGACAGCGUGACAGUCCACAAUGUGGUGCUAUUUAUUGUGUCCCAUCCAGGAACCUUCAAACAUCGUACAAGAGCAGUAUUUUACACUGCUUAUGAGGAACGAUUCGUAGUAUCUCACAAAGAGCUAGAUUGGAUCAACUCAACAAAGGUCUCCAUGGCGACGGUGCAUCGGAUAAAGACUCUUUGGGGCCGUACUACUACGAUGGCUUCUGAUGAUGCAAAGGCAAUAGGAGAAUGA